AUGUCUCUCCACACACCCCUCUGCGCCCUGCUCAAAAUUCAACACCCAGUCCUCCUGGCAGGCAUGGCCCGCGCCUCUGGCGCCGAGCUAGCCGCUGCAGUCUCAAAUGCAGGUGGUCUCGGCACAGUCGGCGGCCUGGGUUACACACCACAACAACUAUCCGAGAUGCUGACGGAGCUCAAAGCACUCCUCAAAGAUCCUUCACUGCCCUUCGGAGUGGACCUGGCACUUCCUCAAGUCGGCAAUGGAGCCCGUGCUACAAACCACGACUACACACAUGGCCAGCUAGACGAGCUGGUCGAAGUUGCCAUUUCGCACGGUGCGAAGCUAUUCGUCUCUGCUGUCGGUGUGCCGCCUGAGAAAACUAUCAAGCGGCUCCAUGAGGCUGGCCUUCUUGUGAUGAAUAUGGUAGGGGCGCCGAAGCAUGCGGAGAAGGCGUUCCAGCGGGGCGUGGAUAUUGUAUGUGCGCAGGGUGGCGAAGGGGGUGGACAUACUGGGGAGAUUCCGUUCUCGGUUCUGAUUCCUGCUGUUGUGGAUGUGGCGAAAAAGUACAAGAGUCCGUUGACCGGAUUGCCGGCGCAAGUUGUUGCUGCUGGUGGCGUGAAUGAUGGACGCAGUUUGGCUGCAUCGUUGAUGUUGGGGGCAUCGGGUGUGUGGGUUGGGACACGGUUUGUGGCUUCGGUGGAGAGCGGUGCGAGCCGGCUUCACAAGGAGGCUGUCGUGGGUGCGAAGUUUGGUGAGACGCAGCGGACGCUGGUUGUUUCUGGGCGGCCGCUACGGAUGCUGCCGAAUGAUUAUAUCAAAGAGUGGGAAAGCCGGCCGGCUGAUAUCAAGUCGUUGACGGAUAAGGGGAUUGUGCCGAUGAUGGAUGAUUUGGAGAAGGAGAAAGAUGUGGAUAUGCCUUUCUUGAUGGGUGAUGUGUCGGCUGCUGUUAACGAGAUUAAGCCUGCUGGUGAUAUUGUGAAGGAGAUGGUACAGCAGGCUGUCGAAGUCUUACGGGUGGGCAACAGCUUCAUUAAGGCAAAUGGCUCGAGUAAACUUUAG